AUGAAAUCUUGGGGACCGAAAUGGCCAACCUACGCCACCAACGACGUCUACUCAAAGUUCCCUUCAGAUCUUGUCGACUUUAAAGAUCCCAAGUCCUCUACAAACGGAUAUUGUUUCUAUGUCAACAAGUUUGAUGCUGGUGUUGAGACAUGUGAGUGGCUGAUGACCCCGCAAGAUGAAGAUAGGAUGAUCUAUUCUAAGGUAACCGGGAAGAUCGUGGGAAAGGUGAGGACUUUUACUUGUUUGGAAUCAGUUAGUAGAGAAGAAGAAAUGGUUAGUUGGGUGAUGGAGGAGUAUUCAGUAUUGAUGAAUAUGAAGAAGGGGAAAGUAAUCUGUGUAAUCAAGCAAGGACGUUAUAACAGAUAG